GGUCUCUUAAAUCAACUGAAGAUUAUGUAGUUGCGGUUAAACACUUAAUAGAUAAUCCUGAAAUAAAAACCUACUUGGAAACACAGGUAUUAGUAGCGCCUAUGGACUAUCCUGGACAACUUCAUAUACGGCGUGCCAUUGUACAUCACAUUAAAGCCAUAAGAUCUGGAAUACCAGAACAAAUUUUGCAUAUUGUUCCAAUGAUUGGGCCAUUGCAUGUAUCCUUAAAUAGUCGUGAAACUGUUUUUUUGUUAAAUUAUAAAUUUUUUGACUUACUCUUUCAUAAAAUAUUUGGAGAAAAUAAGUCUAAAGAUUUAGAAGCCAGAUAUCUUAUUAACUUGUUGGACAAUGUUAUCCUGUUGGUUUUAGAUUUUUAUUCCAUUAUAUUUCAUAGUGGAAAUUGGACAGCAUAUUUAGAAGCCAUGUUUCGUAUUUGGGCUAUCUUUCAUCAAUAUCAGC